CCUAAAUAAAACUUUUCACAAAUACGUAGUAUUUUAUUUGGGUCACAGAUAAGUCUUCUAAUAUUGUGCCCCUCAUGAAAUCAUUUGUUUUAUCACAUUUAUCUGAGAAUUUUUCAGAUGAACUCGAAAACUAACGCAGAUGAAAGACGUUUUUUGGUGCCACUUGGUUUUGUUGUUUGGCAGAGACAAGUCGCGGAGGCGUCGAAGGCGCACGCGCAGGUGCACAGAAAGCUUUCAGUAGCCGAGCAGGAGCACAAACGUCUGCGCGAGUCUCUGCAGGAGACCGAACAGAAGCUGCCCGAGCUGCAGCGGCAGCUGGAGGAGUACAACAGGGCCAAGGUGGAGGAGGCGAGGAGUCGAGCUCGAGUGAAGGUGAUUGAAAAGGAGACGAGAGACCUGAUGAUGGAGCACGAGAUGCUGCUGCAGGCGUUUGAGAAGGUUCAGGAGGAGCGCGACGACCUGCUGAAGAAGCAAAGGGAGGCCGUCCUGGACGUGCAGCAGAAGAGCGACCUGACGGAGCUGCUGCUGGAGAGGAAGCUCGCCGUGCUGACGGACACGGUGGAGAAGAAAGAGGCUCAGCUCUGCAGCGCGCUCGCCGCCUCAAACAUCGACCAAACUGCAGGCAGCAGCGCCGCAAACAAACUCGAGGAAAUACUGGAGUCCAAACAGGCCGCCAUCGACGCCUUUAGACGUGAACUGGCUCGAGACUGUGAGGAGUACGACGACCUGCUGCAGACCUGCCGGCAGAGGCUGAAGGAUUUGGGGGUCCCCCUUUACAGCUUCUCCUUCAGGCCCUCACAGCAGAUCCUGGGACUCUGAACUGGUCCUCAGGUGUCAGGUGAACUCUCUCCUGCUCUACCUGGACGCUGACCCACACAAACCGCUACGCCCCUGUGCCGCUCUGACCGCACUGUUUCCUGAAAAACAAGUCACACGACAUCAUGAACGUGCAGUUUAUUUGGUUUAGCUGAUUUCUCAGUGUUUUGAAAUAAAUAUAAUUUAUAUUAAAUUU